UUGAUUCCGGAGAAGGAGCGGAGCUGUGGGGACCGCGCGAUUUGGAGCAGCAGGUGGGCUCGAGCACGGAACCGACACGGACCGGACCGGACGGUACCGGGACAGUGAGCCCCACCGGGACCCCCCGGGGGCAGGAUGGUCGGUUACCCGCCGGCAUGAGGAGGAGCGUGGGCACGAGCAGAGGAGCUGCUGUGUGUUUUCACGAUGAGCUGCGGCCAGGCUGUCUCCCUGUUGCUGGUUCUGCUGGUUGUGGCGGACCUGCAACCAGCGGCCGGACGGAUGGUUCAGGUCCAUGCGGCGAAGCGUCAGCGCCGUGGACACCACGAGCAUCAGCAGAAUAUCACGCUGGCUGUCAUUCUACCUCAGACCAACACCGACUACCCGUGGGCGUGGCCUCGUGUGGGCCCCGCCCUGGAUCGUGCCAUCCGGGAAGUCAACGCCGAUCCCACCUUGCUGCCUGGCUUCCACCUAACAUACUUUUUCAAGAGCAGUGAAGACAAGCGUGGCGUGUGCUCCGAGUCUGUUGCGCCACUCAUGGCGGUGGACCUGAAGCUGGCACACGACCCAUGGGCGUUCAUCGGGCCUGGCUGCUGCUACACCUCCUCCCCCGUCGGCCUCUUCACCACGCACUGGGACGUUCCCAUGGUAACUGCUGGCGCCCCAGCCGUGGCGUUUGUGGGCUCAGACUACCCGUUCAUCACCAACACGGGCCCUACCCACAGGAAGCUGGGUAGGUUCGCCCUGCGGAUCUGUGAACACUUUGGCUGGCAGAAACACGUGAUCCUGAUGUUCAGCGACAGAACAGUGGACGACCGGCCUUGCUACUUCGCUGUGGAGGGUCUGUACACAGAACUGAGGAACAUCAACAUCUCAGUCAUUGACAGCGUCUUUGACGAGCACAAGACACCCGUGAACUACUCCCAAAUCCUGUCCGAUAUCCAGAACGACGGCCGAGUGAUGUUUGUCUGCUGUUCUCCGGACGUCUUCAGGAAGUUGAUGGUUCAGUUCCGGCGUGCCAACCUUCCCCACGAGCAGUACGUCUUCUUCUACAUUGACGUGUUCGCCAGCAGCCUGGCGACGUCAGAUCAGCGGCCAUGGGCCCGUGGCGACCAGGACGACGCCAUUGCUAAGGAAGCCUUCAAGAAUGUAAAGAUCCUGACAUAUCAAGAACCUCAGAACCCCGAAUACAAACAGUUUGUCCAAAACCUGAAGACUGAUGCCCAGAACAUGUUCAACUACACCAUUCAGGACUCACUGAUGAACAUCAUUGCCGGAGGGUUCUAUGACGGCCUGAUGCUCUACACACACGCACUCAACGAGACCAUGGCAGCCUCCAGAACCCGCCCGUCGGGUAAAGUGGUCACCGACAGGAUGUGGAACCGAAUCUUCCACGGUGUGACGGGAUUGGUCCACCUGGAUGAGAACGGGGACAGAGAGACCUCCUUUGCUUUGUGGGACCUGAGGGACACGAACAGCAGCGUCUACGAGAUUGUGUCAGUUUACGACACCACGGCCCAGCAGCUCUCCAUGGUUCCAGGGACGUCCAUAUUUUGGUUAGGUGGAGUUUGUCCUCCUGACGUUCCUGUCUGCGGUUUCAAGAAUGACAACCCGAUCUGCCUCGCAAAGACCAUCACCAUCUCUCAGAUGGUCUCCAUUGUGCUCUUCUUCAUCUUGGUCAUGGGUUUUACCAUCUCCAUGUUCAUCUACAGGAGGAUGAAGCUGGAGAAGGAGCUGGUGGCUCAGCUGUGGAGGAUCAGCUGGGACGACAUCCACAUGAUCAACCCAGACAAAGUGCUACGCAGUGGCAGCAGGAUUACACUCUCACUGAGGGGAUCAAACUAUGGCUCCCUGAUGACUGCUGAUGGAAACCUGCAGGUUUUUGCAAAGACUGGAUACUACAAGGGAAAUAUCAUGGCUAUUAAAUACAGCAACAGAAAACGCAUCGAGCUGAACAGAACAAUUCUCUUCCAGCUCAAACACAUGCGAGACGUUCAGAACGAACACUUGACCAGGUUCAUCGGGGCAUGCAUCGACCCCCCCAACAUCUGCAUCCUCACCGAGUACUGUCCCCGGGGCAGCCUGCAGGACAUCCUGGAGAACGACAGCAUCACACUGGACUGGAUGUUCAAAUACUCCCUCAUCAACGACAUUGUCAAGGGCAUGUUGUUCCUCCAUAACAGCGUGAUCGUCUCUCACGGGAAGCUGAAAUCCUCCAACUGUGUGGUCGAUAACCGAUUCGUGUUAAAGAUCACAGAUUACGGACUCUCCUGCUUCAGGUCCGAGGACAACUUGGGCACCGACGCUCACGCCUACUACGCCCAGAAGCUGUGGAUGGCGCCGGAGCUCCUCAGGAUGGAGUCUCCACCUCCUCAGGGAACUCAGAAAGGAGACGUCUAUAGCUUUGGGAUCAUCCUGCAGGAGGUGGCGCUGCGACGAGGAGCGUUUUACCUGGAAGGGGAUCCACUCAGUCCUAAAGAGAUCGUGGACCGGGUGAUCCUGGGCGAGUGGCCCUGCCUGCGACCCACCGUGGACCCCCAGAGCCACAGUCCAGAACUCGGUCAGCUGAUGCAGCGCUGCUGGGCCGAGGAACCCACCGAGAGACCCGAUUUCAACCAGAUCCGAAUUCUACUGCGCAAACACAACAAAGGUUAUGGGUCUAACAUCCUGGACAAUCUCCUGUCCCGUAUGGAGCAGUACGCUAACAACCUGGAGGAACUGGUGGAGGAACGAACUCAAGCUUACCAUGAAGAGAAACGCAAGGCCGAGAACCUACUCUACCAGAUACUUCCUCAUUCUGUUGCCGAGCAGCUGAAACGAGGAGAGACGGUUCAAGCUGAAGCUUUCGACUCCGUCACGAUCUACUUCAGUGACAUUGUGGGAUUCACCUCCCUCUCGGCAGAGAGCACGCCUAUGGAGGUGGUGACUCUCCUGAACGACCUCUACACCUGCUUCGAUGCCAUCAUCGACAACUUUGAUGUUUACAAGGUGGAGACCAUCGGGGACGCCUACAUGGUGGUGUCGGGGCUGCCGGUGAGGAACGGGAACCUGCACGGCAGGGAGAUCGCCCGCAUGGCGCUCGCCCUGCUGCACGCCGUACGAAGCUUCAGGAUCCGCCACCGCCCCCAGCAGCAGCUCAAGCUCCGGAUCGGGAUCCACAGCGGUCCUGUGUGUGCAGGAGUUGUGGGUCUCAAGAUGCCGCGGUACUGUUUGUUUGGAGACACUGUCAACACGUCGUCACGUAUGGAGUCCACUGGAGAAGCCCUGAAGAUCCAUAUAUCGUCUGCGACCCGUGACGUCCUGCUGGAGUUCAACUGGUUCCAGUUGGAGUUGAGGGGAGACAUCGACAUCAAAGGGAAAGGGAAGAUGACCACCUAUUGGCUGCUGGGAGAGAGUGACAGCCAAUGACACGGGCGGGACAGCGUCGCUUUAUCUUCACGCCGCAGCCAAUCGGACGAGGACGAACUAUGAGCCGCGAGCAGCCUGACCAGCCUCACAACCAGCACGGCAGUUCGGUGCGCCGUCCCCCGGAGACGAUGUCAGGUUGUGAAAUGUAGCAAAGACUGGUUUAAAAAAAACAAACUAAAAACUGUUGAUUCAAUCAGUCCAAGCUCAGAGUGUGGACGUUCAGAGUGGACAUUUGGACUGAGUCUAUUUUAAAUGUGAUGAACACAAACGGAAGAGUUGAGUUCCAAACUUUAUUGAGUAACAAGACCAACUGUAAACUGACUUCCGAGAUAAAAACAAGCAAACUGAAGAAGAUUCACCAAACAAACAAAUAAAAAAAACAAACAACACUGCUGUCCGCUG